UCCCGGUCCCCGCGGUGAAUGGCGGCGGGAUGGAGAGCGAGGGCAGCGGCGGGAGCUCGGCCGGGCUCCUGCAGCAGAUCCUGAGCCUGCGGCUGGUCCCCAGGCUGGGCAACGAGACCCUCUGCCCCAACAUCACCGCCCUCUGCUCCUUCCCAGAAAUGUGGUACGGUGUGUUCCUGUGGGCACUGGUAUCUUCUCUGUCCUUCCAUGUACCUGCUGGAUUACUGGCCCUUUUCACCCUCAGACAUCACAAAUAUGGUAGGUUCAUGUCUGUAAGCAUCCUGUUGAUGGGCAUCGUGGGACCAAUUACUGCUGGAAUCUUGACAAGUGCAGCAAUUGCCGGAGUUUACAGAGCUGCAGGGAAGGAAAUGAUCUCCUUGGAAGCCCUCACCCUUGGUGUUGGGCAGACAUUUUGCGUCGUGCUGGUUUCCUUUUUACGGAUUUUAGCAACUUUGUAGCGUUCCACCGGAGCAUCGCGGCAAAAGAGAAACUCAGGAAUGGGACUUCAGACUCACCGAUGAAGCGGAAGUCCUGGAUAUCGUAAUUUAUUGAAAACGUUUCAUUGGGGGACUUUCACGGAGGACUGACUUGGCUGUGUCUACCACCUGGGAAAUUUCAACCAGUUCCUUUGAAAUGGGAGUGAAGGCCCAGUGUCCUAAAGUCAGGUCUCUUUGAAGGUAUUUUGAUAAUUUAUGUGCUUUUGCAACUGUAUUUUUAUACAAGCCAGCCCAGCGGCACAUUGGGAUUGUUCAUCCCUCUGCACUGUCUUUCACCCGCUUCUACCGGAUCAUGCGAUGUGGGAUAUUUCAGAAGAACUACAGUAAACUUGGGGCAGACUCAGAGCAGAAUAUUCUCUGUGCUAGAUCUCUUGAGUUGCUUAGGAAGGGAUUUGAAGUGUGCUCAUUAGACCUUUUUAUUUUGUUACAUUUUUGUAACAGUGUGCCAAGUAGGGUUUUGAUAGUGAGUGAAAUACGGUAGAUGCAAAAAAGUACCUUAAGAUGGGACAGUAGUUCCACUGUCGAAAAUAACUACUGAGUGGUGUGACAUUGAAAGACGAGGAUUUUGACCUCUGUCUUUGUGACAUUUUGUAAUGAACAUUUUGUAAGAUGUGAUCCUGCAGUUUUGUAGCACAUUAAGCCCGCUAAACAAAGCGCCCCGUGAACCCAUCAAGUGCGCCGUCUCCUGCUCCCUUUGUCUCUCUUGCUACAUCCAUUUCCGUUGUCGGUGGUAUUGGUGACCAGAAUUGAAAAUCUGCUCGACUGAUGAACGUGUUUUAGGUGGCAAAGCAAAAUGGAUUUCUUAGAAAAGCCUACUCUAGUGUAAGCUUACCUAACUAGGUUUAUAUGGCAGUGGGAGAUGAUUUGUGAAAGUACAAACUUGAACGAAUCAGUACAUUCGGUCCACGGUCGUAAGGAGUCCGAAUCUCCUAGGUUUGAAUAUGGUUCUCUGGGAGGAAGUUUGGUUCUUGAGGAGGAAUAUUAAUUCCUUCAGGGCCCAAGGACCUAAUUGAACGCAGCGCUCCCCACUACGGUGCUCCAUGUGGUGUCCCAGCAGGCUGAAAAAGCUAACGCCCCUCCCAAAGAGCCUAACUUUCUACUAGGAUGUAGACGUUGGAACUAAGCAAAUGGGACCUUAAAUUAUGUUUACAUUUUUUGUUUUGUGGUGAUUCAGUUACCAAGUUAAAACACCGUCCUACUGCUUCAGAAGUCUUUUGAACCCAAGAAAGUGCCUGCAGUGUCUCCUCCCCUCCAAAACACCACCCUCUUUCUUCCAUCUCGACCCGCUCCUCUAACUGAAGCUUGAGCUGUCUCUCAAACUCGUUCAGAAAACAUUAGAUUCAGGCCCAGAACCCAAAGACAUUAUUUGACUAGCAGAUACGGUCAUUUAAUUCAUAGACUUGAGAACUGUCAUCUUCAAAAGAUGAAUUGUGGCUCCAUAAGAAUGCAGUCAGUAUUAGCUUUUUGGAUCCGUUUCUGGAAUUUUCGAGAGUGCUUGAAGGCAACUCCACCUAAGUCAGUAAAACAUUUGGUCUCUGAAUGAAAGCUCUUACUCCAGAUAUCUCUGAAAACAAAUGCAAGGGCCCUCGGUUCUCCCGGAAUCCACGGAUUACAUUCCUGGUGAACCAACCCUGCAUUAAGGAAAACUUGCACUACCGUAUGCAUGUCUUGAUUGGUACUGUGCCUAUAUAUAUGUAACUGUCUUUUCCAACGUCGCGUUACAUCCUAUCAUUGUAGACAUGUCGGAAGCAUGUUUUCUAAUUCACUGUUGGUGUUCUAGCCACAACGCAGAAUGAAAACCUGCUUUAUGGAAGAACUGAGAGUACUUUAAAUUUGUUUCAAACUCACAUGGUCUGACUACCCAUUUCAUCUGAAGAUAAUAUUCACCUCUUACUUUCUUAACAUAAUUUUAUUAGUUCUCCUGUAU